UGAUAUAAAAAUCACAGCAAUCGGCAAUCAUGGAUCAUAAAACCCUAUUUUUUUCACAAGAAAUGUUAUCAGAUUUUUUUUUUUUUGGUUACCAUACACGGCCCAAGAUAAGAUCUAAUGUUCCGUAUAGGAUUAGAGCGAGCGCGUUGACACGCAACGAUGGAGACCGUGUAGAGAGAACAUUUUAGAGAGACAGAAAGCUUUACAUCCAGAAGGAGAAGACAGAAAAUACGUGAUGAGCUGUUGCAUAGAACAAUGGAUUAUUCGAGAUCGAGCUCUCUAACAAUAGGGGAACGAAUAUGUGCUGCAUUCAUACCAUUUGUCGCCAUAAUCGAGGCUCUGACACUCGUCGUAUCUGGCUGUUUCCAAUACAGCCAACGCCCCAGGAAAUGGCGAUACGGUUUUUGUGAUUUCUCUCGACUCGCUGAUGAAUCUCGAUUCACUGUUAAUGAAGUGGAGGCACUCUAUGAGCUGUUUAAAAAGUUAAGCUGUUCAAUUAUUGACGAUGGCCUAAUACACAAGGAAGAGCUUCAAUUGGCAAUAUUCAGGACUCCAUAUGGCGAGAAUCUUUUUCUAGACCGGGUUUUUUAUCUUUUUGAUGAAAAGAAAAAUGGCGUCAUUGAAUUUGAUGAAUUUGUCCAUGCACUCAAUGUAUUCCAUCCAUAUGCUCCAGUGGAAGACAAGAUAGAUUUUGCAUUCAGGCUUUAUGAUCUGAGACAAACUGGGUUUAUUGAGCGAGAAGAAGUUAAGCAAAUGGUAACUGCAAUUCUGACGGAAUCUGAUAUGAAUCUGUCAGAAGAACUUCUUGAGGAUAUCAUUGACAAGACGUUUGCUGAUGCUGAUGCUGACAGGGAUGGUAAAAUCGGUAAAGAAGAAUGGAAGGAUUUUGUUAUCAGACACCCCACCAUCCUGAAGAACAUGACUCUUCCUUAUUUGAAGGACAUCACAACUGCAUUUCCAAGUUUUGUUUUCAACACCGAGGUUGAGGACUGAGACUCAAAAGCGUUCUUUUUCCACGAAGGGGAUCCGUGGCAAAGCAGCAGCUCAGCAGCCUCGGAUAGAGCUGCUUAGUGCCGUCAACUUUAGCGGAUUUGAAUUCCGAAAUGAUUAUGAUCCAUGUCAGUGAAUUCCUGCAUAGACAUGGAGGUGCUGCCUAUUCAUGCAAGUGAGAACAACAGUCUCAAUUGAUUCAUUCCUUACCAAAAAUAGACAAAGUCAUUGAUUUUUUAUAAUCCAAUUUGAAAGCUUUGCAUUAUACAAUGUUAUUAGAUUACUGAGUUUGUGAAAGGUUUAGUAUUGUUGCUUCCUUAUUUUUACAUUUGGGCUAACCUUGUGUGUAUAUAAUUUUUUGCCCCGUUUCCGGUAAAUCCAUAUAUCUGUGGAUGCUGAUUGUUGAAAAUUGGGAAGUCGCCCUACAUUGCCACCUUGAGUUGAACUUCUGCUUUCAUUUUCCUC